GUGCCGAGGUCUCGAACCUGGAUGACAAACAUUCCAGAGUCGUGUUGCGGGUUGUGAGGAGAGGAACGCUUUACCUGACAUCAUGGUGCCACAUAGCGCUCUGAGCCCCAGCAGAGAAGUCUCAUUCCGACCCAGUCUGAAAGUGCUCCAUCUGGACCACUGUGAUGUCAUCUCUCUUGUCAUGUUGGCUCAUGUCACGACUUGUAGAUCAGUCUCCACCACAGAUCCUGUUCUGUCCCCUUCAGACUGACUCGGGUGUCACAUCUUGUAGCGGGUCAGUCUCACUAGCAACCGUGAGUUGCUAGUAUUCCAGACUCAAGGUCUGGUGUUCCCACCUGGUCUGGUCAUCCACUGACGCACACCACCGACAUCAGAUAGUCUGCUCGAGUCGUUUGUGACUUCUGGUUCUCAUACGGAAUCCAUUGAGCUGAUUUGUUGGGUGUGAAACAGCGCGCCCAGUGGAGAGACCCCUAAACUGCAGGCUCUUGAUCCGGUCCUCGUCAGCCAACCAGGAACGGGGGCUUGACGUGAUCUGGACUGAGGCGGAUGAGACCAGAAACCUUUGUUCUGCCUCCUCCUGUCCUGGGCAACGACGACCAGACCCGUCGGGACUCGGACCAGCGGACGGGUUCUGCUUAUCGAUCAUUGAGACCCGGGAUCGAGUCAAUCGUGGUCCAGAUCCGGUUUUCCCGCAGUCGGACGCCAAAUGGAAGUGAACGGCGCGCCCGGACGUGGCAGCAGUCGAGCCCAUGACCUCCCCGUCCACUACCUCCGCCUCCUGGCCACACCUGUCCAGCUGCUGUCGGCCGCCAUGUGGCACACUGUCCAGGGUGGAUUGGUGGACCGCUUUGGGGUUCUGGAAGAGUUUGUUUCCAUGACAACGGAACUGGUACCAGAACUGAUGAACUACAGCCAGAGGAGUCAGCUGAUCCUGGGCCUGCGAGCCAGGCUGGUUCUGGAGAUGUGUCGAGGUGAUGAUCCGGUGGACUUUGAGGUCAUCCAACCCCACCUUGAUCGGAUGAAAGCUCCUGCGAGUGGCACCAAAGACCACCAGUUGACCGUGGACCAGGUGGAGGAGUCGGAGGUCAACUUUGUGGAGCUGGUCCACUCAAUACUGGACGACCCAGCAGAGAAGAAGUUCUUCUUUGAGGAAGUGUUCCCGAUGUACUUUGGGUCCAAGUUUGAUGCUGCUCUGGAAAUGCUGAUGUGGGAGUUCAUCUCCCGACUGGACGAGCUGUUGCCUCUCCCUGACUUCACUCAGCUGGCCGCCCUGCUGGGUGACGCUCCAGCCUUUCUGGAUGACUGUCUCACGUCCUUCUUCCCUCCAGAGGACAUGAAGGCAGUCCUCCAGCACCACCGACAGCUGGGACACUUCCAGGAGAAAGAUCCUCGUCUGCUGCCUAUGGACAACUGCAUUCUCACCUCCAUGUCUCUUUCACCUGCUGCCCGACGAGCUGGGACCUCUGCCCCUCCCAUCUCUGCCCACAAAGACCCCCCAGACCACAUUAUUAUCUCAGAGAGCAGCCGCCUCCGUCCUGGCAGUCUGAAGGCCGAUGAAACUAUUGACCUGACACUGGGCAGCGCAGUGCCAGACAGUGAUGACGAGAGCUGCAUCAUCCGAGGGUGGGUCCAGAGGAAGAGGAAGCUGAGCCAAGGGGAGGACCUCCCCCCUAAACUCAUGAAGUCUCACUUGGAUGAGCAGUACUCUGCCGUUUCUCCUCUCAUCUCCAUCUGGGGUGACUACACUGCGGAGGGCCCAGCUCCUCACAGCCUCCUCCGCACAGCCACUGACGACUCUCAGGAAGAUUCUGGCCUGGCCCAGAUCGACUCCAAGGUUCCGUGGUCGGACGAGGAGACGAUGACCCUGCUGGACAUCUGGGGCCAAGACUCGACCCAACGGGCUCUGAAGCGCUGCCUCAAGAACCGACACAUCUUCGCGCAGAUCGCCCAGAAGAUGGCCGAGCAUGGUUACGCAAGGUCCACCGAACAGUGCCAGACCCGGAUUAAGAGGCUGAAGAAGUGUUUUCGUAGGAAUGUCAGAGGGAACUCUGGGAAUGAAUACAAAUUCUACGAGCAGCUGCAGCGAGUUCUGGGGUCCUCACGGCCGCCUGACCAUCUUGAGGUCUCUUACGACGUCGACGAGAUUGUGGAGGAGGAAGAGUCUCGUGAUGCCGAUGAGGAGCUGCAGUUUGUGGGACAAGCGACCGCCCUAGAGACAGUUUCAGGUGUUCGUGUUCCCUGGACCGACCUGGAGACCCUCACCCUGAUCAACACAUGGGGAGACGACCGGAUGAAUAAGAGGAGUGGAGCACCGCGCACUGGCAACAUCUUUGCCAUCAUCUCCAGCAAAAUGGCCUCCCAAGGGUUUUCUAGAACCCCAGAACAAUGCCAGACCCGCCUGAAACGGCUCAGGUCAAAGUUCCGUCAGUGCUAUGAGAACAACAUCAGAGGGCGCCGACAGGUCCACUGCAGAUUCUACAACCAGCUGGGUCGAGUUCUGGUCAAAGACUUCGAGCCAGAUCCGUCCCUGAGUGAUGACCCAGAACCCGAAGACUCCCAGCCAGAACCAGGUCCCUCAUCAGGUGCCUCCAGCAGUGCCCAGGAUGAGCGCAGGAAGGUUCCGUGGUCAGACAGGGAGACGGUGAUCCUCUUGGAGGUCUGGGGUGAUGCACAGGAAAAGCAGAGCUCGGGUCGAACGUCGAGCAAUGUCUUGCUCUUCACUGAGAUUGCAGACAAGCUGGCGGAGAGCGGAUUCAGUCGCACCGCGGAACAGUGUCAGACCCGUGUGAAGCGCCUUAAGUCCACAUACUGGCAGUGCCGGGACAGUCCCAGUAACGGGAAGAUAGACUUCCGCUUCUACGAACUGAUGGAGCAGAUUCUGGACAAACAACCGUCUACGUCCGCCGCUGCCUCCUCUGCUGUGACGGACUCCAUUGAGAUCUCUGAAGAGUCUGCCGACGAGGAAGAUUCCAACGCGGCAGAAUCAGCCGUGUCGGCGGAAAAGACACCUCAGAACUCAUGGACUGACGAGGAAACCUUGGGGCUCAUCAGUGUUUGGGGUGACCCCGAAAUUCAGGAGGCGUUUGCGGCGCCGGUCGCUAACAGGCUGGUCCACGCAAACAUCGCAGAGAGAAUGAAGGAACUCGGCUACUCCAGAACUGGAGAGCAAUGUCGCUGGAAGAUGAAGGCUCUCCGGAACAACUACCGUAACAGCUACGAGAGGAAAUUGAGCGGGAAGGUGGUGGACUACCGCUUCUACGACCUGCUGGAGAAGAUUCUGGGUCCUCGAGUGGAGAACGAGGAGGGAGACGAUGCACUCGAGCAGAUUCCAGGUGCCCUGUCUUCAGUCUGUGCUGACCCGGCCAAUCUGCCGUGGACGGAGGUGGAGACGAUGACUUUGGUGCAGGUGUGGGCCGCUGAUGACGUCCAGCUCAGCCUGAAGAUGAGUGUCCGCAAUGGUCACGUUUAUGCCGACAUUGCAGACAAGAUGGCUGCCUUAGGCUACACAAGGACGGCAGAACAGUGCCAGAAUCGAAUAAAGAGGCUGAAGAAGACGUACAGGCGGCACUGCAACAGUCGGAGGAACGGUGCGCGGGCUGCGUUCCAGUACUUCCACCUGAUGGAUCCGGUCUUGAACGGAUCUUCCGCUGAAGAUGUCUCUACCUCGUGGAGUCUUCCUGCUGAGAAGGAAAACAAGGUGUCGACCAGCCAGCCGACCCCUGAUUCAGCCAAGAAAACGCCGUGGUCUGAGCAGGAGACGCGAACGCUGCUGCAGGUGUGGGGGGAUGACGGCGUCCAGCUGACCCUGAGAGGCUGCCAGAAGAACCGUCACGUCUUCAACUACAUCUCUGACCGAAUGAGCGACAGUGGCUACAGCCGGACGCCGGACCAGUGCUACACUCGGAUCAAACGCCUCAAACACGGAUUCCUGCACGAGAAGGAGGAGUUCAAGUUCUUUGUGGAGAUGGAAGAAAUCUUCAGUCGAGACCUGAGUGUGGACGAGUCGGUGGCAGAAGAACCAGACGAAGUGCCCGCAGAGCAGGAGAGUGAAGCAGUGCCUGCUGAAGUCCAGUGGACGUCAGACACCACCAAACACCCUUGGGGCGACCCGGAGACCCGGGUGCUUCUGGAGAUCUGGGGCAGCGAGGACAUGCAGGAGAGCCUGCGCAGUUGCACCAAAAACAAGCACGUCUUCGUCUUGAUCUCCGAGGCCAUGGUGGGCCGCGGCUACCCGAGGACACCCGAGCAGUGCCAGACGCGUAUCAAGAGGCUGCGCGCCAACUUCAGGCACUUCCUGGAUGGCAGGAAAGGAGAGAACGAGUGCAAGUUCUUCCAGCAGCUCUCCCACAUCUUUGGAGACAAGUACGGGAGCCUGGACACGUCGCCUGAUGACCCUGACGACCAGGAGGAGCCUGUUGAUUGCGUGUCUUGAAGAUCCAGAGUGGAUUUUAAUGUGUGGAACCAGGGUCCUGGCCACGCCUACUGGCUCUAAUGUCGCCGCCACCGCACCAGGCCAGAUGACCGACUUGUGUGUGUCUGGACAGAACCAAGAGAAGCGCGCCAGAAUCGGAGAUGGCAUUUGCGGAUGUUUUCAAAACUUAAUUUAAAAGUUGUCUUAAGUGUUUGGACCUGGUCCAAAUGGUGACAAGACCAGGUCUGGUUUGUUAUGUUGAUAUUUGGUUGAGAAUUAAUUUAUUCCAGAGUUUUUAUUUUUAAUAUUUCUGUUUGAACGAUCAACUCUUUUGUAACGCUUAAUAAAUGCUCCAUGAGAUCACCAGGUCACAA